UCGGACUCAAACUCACUCGCACCUGCAGCUAAAAAUCAUAAAAUCAUGAAAUCAUGAUGAUUUAAAUCAGUGCGGUUCAAAUCACACUCUUAUUUAACAUGAAGAAAGGUUCGCUGAAUUUCUUGGGUCGGAAGAAUCAGUCUCUAUUCGGCACCAAUGUGGAAUUCAAGGACAUGGGUAAUGUGGAGCUGCUGUUGAACUCGGCUGCCGUACCAGAAUCAGGAACCGCUAAAGUUCGUUCUCGGCCGACGGUCAAACACUUCACGUCAUCUGAUGGAGCGCAGGGCUUCGCUGUUCCAACUCCGAAGGUUCCUAUUCUACCGCCCCUCAACGAACCCAAAAUGAACGGGACAGGAAGUACUGCAAGGCUCCCAAAUGGAGGAAUGCUUUCCAUCCCUGAAAUGAUCAAGGGGGAAAUACUUGUACCUCCUCCGCCCAGCUCGGCCCCUCCUCCCCCUCCACCCUCAUCUACUGCCCCGCGUCCUCCUUCAUUUAUUCCACCCCCACCUAAGUUCUUUGGUGAAAUGGAUCCUUCUAUAGACCUUGCUAGCCUGCAGCCUCCUCCAAUGCAGCCCCCAAAGCCUCCAUCACGAAGCGGUUCAGAGUACAGUGCAGAUGUGGGCUUGGCCUCCCUGAAACCUCCUCCUAUGGCUCCUCCAAAACCUCCAUCUGACACUUCCAGCCUCAGAGGGUCCAUCUCCAGUCUUGAUAUCCAAGAUAUCCCUGAAUGUCCUAAAUUCACCCCACCACCUCCCCCUGGGACGAAACCGCCACCCGUUCUACCCAAAGCCCAGAAAGCGCCACCUCUGAAACCCUUCAGGAUGUCCUCCAUACCUAAUAUGGAGAUCCAGCCCCAAGAACCAACCCCACCUGCUGCCUCCACCAAAACACCGUCCAGCUUCAACCCUCAGAACACCCCAACGCUAUCUAGCUUCAACCCCCAGAACAGCCCAAAGUUGUCCAGCUUCAACCCCCAGAACAGCCCAAAGUUGUCCAGCUUCAACCCCCAGAACAGCCCAUCACCAUCCAGCUUUAAUCCCCAGAACACUGCCAAACUCUAUAAUGUGCAAAAGAGCACACUACUGAUUGGCCAAGACGGGGAAAAGCAAGCCCAGUCAAUUCUUCUACUAGAAGAUUCUGCUGGAAACCCAGUUGGUGUUCAUGUCAAAGGGAAUGGUGGGAAAAGUCCUGGAUCUUUCCAACCGGUUCAGUCGGUGGCGCUGCCUGCCAAACCAGCCCGUCAUGGCAGCACCGCAAAUCUACUGCAAAAUGACCAGACAGACAUGGCUGAGAAUUUCCAGGUAGAUGGUUCAAGUCAAUCAGCCAAAACAGAGACCAUAAUCAACCCUGAACCUGUGAGGGCACCUACCCCACAAAACGUCCCCAACGAGACUCCAACAGCAAUAAAAGUCUCGCCCAUAAUAGAAAAGAAGCCUUCAGCUCAACCUGAUGCAAGUCAGAUGAAGCCUCCGGUUGAGUUUCCUGGCAGAUCUCACAGGCACAGUCCCCUCCUGAACCAUCGACAUCUCAACAGGAAUGGUGUUGGCUCGGCGAAGAAAGAGUCUUCAGCAUCACCUUUCGCCCUACUGAUGGCCGCCAAGGAAAGAGACAAGCAGAGAACAAAUCUAUCCCAACAGAACAGUGGCUUGGCUGAGCCUCUGAAUUCUGUGAUCCAACCCAGUCCAACCCAACAAAACUCCUUUACUGUCAUUCCUCGAGACCCAAUGUCAGACAGACCAACGGUGGAACUAAAACCUGCUACAAACACACCACCAAUCGUCCCACCAUCCCCAAAAGCAGAGGUUCCAAAUGUGUCUUUUUCAAAGCCUGUGUUAAACCCUGCCCCUUCACCAAACUUUACCCCUAAACUAAACCCAACCCUUCAACCAAGCUCCACCCCUCUGCUAAGCUUCACCCCUCAACAAAGCCCAGCCCAUCGUCCAGUGAAUGGCUCAGUUGGGGGGCAGAGUGUCUUAGUUAGGGAUGUUGAAAGCGGAGAAGAAUUGCCGUUCAUUCCACCACCCCCUGAAUUCGCCAAUUUCGACCUUGAAGAUGAACCUCCAGGUCCCUUGCCAAGUCACCACGCUCCGGCCCCCCCUGUGAAAACUGCCCCUCUACCAGCCAAGCCUUCCUUACCUGCUCCACCUGCUCCAACUACAAACAGGCCCCUAAUGGCCCCAAAACCUAAACCGCCCAGCUGUCCUCCUAAAGCCCCAGGCCCUCCACCAAAUGUCCUACCUAAACCUCCUGUUCAAACUAAUCCCGCCCCACCACCCGCACAAACUCCUCCAUCUGUCGCAGCUAAUCAGGCGACGCUUCUCAGCAUCCUGCAGAAGAAGAUGUUAGAAAUGGAUCCUAAGUUCUCAAAUGUCAAAAAGUUGGACUUCAACGAUGACUGGAACUCCCCACUGUCUGAUGAUGAGGGAAUGUCACCCGCUGCUGGAUCCAAACCUCUACAAAACCUUAGCCCCACGCUGCCAGCACAACCUCGCGGUCUGGACAUGAAGGAACUGGAAACUAAAGCGGCCAAAAAAGCUCAAAACUCGGCCAAUUCAACUAAAUCACAGAACAGUAAUGGACCGUCUAACAAACAGCAGUUUGGAAUGACAUUCACCGUCAGACCAGGAAGCAAACAACCAAUCAUACCCUUGAUCAAAGACGGUUCACCCUGAACCGCAGAACAUUCUGGACUGGAAUUAUUAGUGAAACGUGCCUUACCUGUACAUACAAACAUCUACCUUAUCUGCACGUUUUGCACCUUAUAUCAAACUUUAUUAAAGUAUUACUGUAAGUUGUUUGACGGCUGUCACUACAGGGCCGUUUCUGGACGGUUUUGAACACAGAAGGUUGUUUGUUUAUCUCUCAUAAACGAUUUUGACUGCAGAUUGAUCACAGACUUCUGAAGAGCUUUCUAGAGCUGCUAAAAAAGGAGCAAAUGUACCAGUAUAGGCAAGAUGAACUAUACACAAACUCAAAAUAGUUGACAUUUUAAUGUCAAAUCUUUUGACUUCACAAUAAUUUGUUUAAUGCAGUUGCCAAUCCCAAUUUUCUUUCCACACAAACAUUUAAGAACAUGAGUUAUUAAUUCUGACUUCUUUGGUACAAUAUUUUGAAACAUUUUUAAACAUGAAUGUAAUAAAUUACGCUACAGCUCUCAAUACGGGUCUCUUGCAAUGGUGCUGGAUUUAUAUAACAGAUCAACUUCUGCUGUCAUGCCUAUUUUUGUAUUAAACUUCAUUUUGGGGAAUACGCGUUUGUCAUACUGAAAGAAGUUGCCUUAAGAGAGAUAAGCUAGUUACGUCUUUUCCCAACAACAACAAUGUAAAUAAACGCUUUGCUGUAAAGAGAUUCUAAUUGCAAAGUGCAAAUCCUGAACAGUUGGACACUGAAAAAAACCUCACUCAGAUUCGUUAGACGUUCAUGAAAUCUCACACUUACAAUAGGUCAAUGAAUGUGCUACUAAUGCAGUUUUAUUAAUCUACGAAAUUAUGUAAUGUUUGUAUAACUGCUCAUAUGCAGUGGGGUUUUUCUUGUGAUUUUCUCCCCUUUUUUCCCCAAUUUGGAAUGCCCAAUUCCCAAUGUGCUCUAAGUCCUCGUGGUGGUGUAGUGACUCGCCUCAAUCCGGGUGGUGGAGGAUGAAUCCCAGUUGCCUCCGCGUCUGAGACCGUCACUCCGCGCAUCUUAUCACGUGACUUGUUGAGCGCGUUACCGUGGAGACGUACUGUGUGUGGAGGCUUCACGCUAUUCUCUGCGGCAUCCACACUCAACUCACCACACGCCCCACCGAGAACGAACCACAUUAUAGCGACCACGAGGAGGUUACCCCAUGUGACUCUACCCUCCUUAGCAACCGGGCCAAUUUGGUUGCUUAGGAGACCUUAGGAGUCACUCAGCACGCCCUGGAAUUCGAACCUGUGACUCCAGGGGUGGUAGUCAGCGUCAAUACUCGCUGAG